AUGGGACAAACGCCUUCUAUUCAAAGCCCUCCCAAUACAACUCAACGGAUCAAGCCAACCCCAGGAACCGCAGGAAAACGUGCUAUACGUAAAAACACAGUUUCAGUUUACUCUGAGUCUAAUAAUCAAAUUUUCUCUUUGAAGGUUACUUUCGAUAUGCCUAUUUCCCAUCUGAAAGCAAUGCUUCCAGGUGAUAAAAUUCAGCUUAAGCUGGACGGAAAACUUCUUCCAAACGCAGGUACUUUACAAGACCUGGGCAUAUCUGAGCAAAGUCUAUUAAGGAUUGUAAGUGAUGAAAAAAAUUCAGACAAAACUGCAAGCACAGUAGACAGCAUAGGAGACAGCAUUUGCAUACCAAAAAUAAUUGGCCCGAAACGAGAACUUCAAGCUAAGCCUAUAAAGCCACACUGCGAAAGCAUCUUAUCGUUAUGCUCUUCUGUGGACGAUUUUCAAGUAGGGAUUAACUUGCCAAGAUUGGCUGUGCCUGAUGUGACGUUAAAAAGAAGCUAUGCAUAUAAAGGGAAAAAACUCUGUACUAAUGUGAAUUAUAAUAAAAUGGCUAAAUACGGAAUUAGAAAAAAAUAUGGUCCAUAGAAAUGAUUGACCGACUAAAAGUUAAUUUUUCUCCCAAAAUGUGGGCUUCAGCCUUAUGUCCUGCUGAAGAGGGAAACACUAUAAACUCUGUACUAA